AUGAAGAACACGAGCUCAGAAGUUGAAGAAGCAAUGGAGGCUCAGAGAGGGAAAAGUUACAAAUGGCGCCCAAAUCUUAAGGGUGGUCAAAAAUGGGGUGUCUACAUAACCUCACUGUUGUUGAUUGACGAGCAAGAAAAGCUUGAUUCAAAAGACUGGUCAAAGACUCAACAAGAAAACAAGCUUUUAUUCUAUGCCAACCACAAGAAAAAGACUCGAGCUAUGUUGGAUUACUACAAGUUACAGGGUAGUUAUGAUCAUUUGGAUCAAAAUGAUCGUGGGUUGAGAAGGAGAAAAUCAAAAGUUGCUGCUGCUGUUGCUACGACCAUUGCGAUUGUGAUUGCCUUGGUUGGGACGGAGGAGGAGGAUGAGGAAGUGGGUGGUGGUGGUGGAGUUGCCACUCAUAGGAGGUUGUGGGUAAAGAACAGGUCCCAAGCAUGGUGGGAUGAAUGCAAAAGUGCUGAAUUUCCAGAGGAAGAGUUCAUGAAAGGGUUUAAGAUGGGGAAUGAGACAUUUGAGAUGAUAUGCAAUGAGCUAAGCUCGGCGAUUGACAGAGAGAACACAAGUUUGAGAGAUAUAGUGCCGGUUAGACAACGUGUGUAUGUGUGUAUAUGGAGGUUGGCUACUGGGGAGCCUUUUAGGCCUGUUUCCCAGAGGUUUGGUUUGGGUAUAUCUACUUGCCACAAGCUCAUUCUCGAGGUUUGUUCUGCGAUUAGGACUGUGUUGAUGCCAGAAUAUCUUCAAUGGCCUGAUGAGGAGUCUGUGAAAAGGGUUAAAGAACAUUUCAUAUCAGUUUCUGGGAUACCCAAUGUGGUAGGAUCAAUGUAUACUACCCAUUGCCAUGAAAGAAGAGGAAAAGAGAGAAUAAUUGUGCAAAUGAAGGAGGAAUGA